GUCGUCAGCUCGGCCCGCUAUCAAGCGUAUUCUCCAUGCGGUGGCACGUCGCUGUGUGGUAGGUAGUUAUCCAAUUGACAGUGCCCCCGUCUGACAUAGUUCAGUCGACGACGAACUCAGGAUGAUCCGACUGCGUUUCUGCCAGCAGUGACGUUCUUACGAGUCCAACGGUGUCCAACGAAAUUUCGUGUUCGAUCAAAUCAAACUGCACGUAUAGUGAAGAAAUAUUAAAAGAAAUAUAAGAAAGAAGAAGAAUUUCUUAUUAUUGAAUAAGUCGACAUGAUGGUUGUGACCAAGGUGACAAUUGUGCUUUGGGAUUGGGUGAGAAUGAGUCAGUGAAUUGGUUUCUUUCUCUGAACAUCGACAGACAACGAGUGAAUAGCCAGACCGGUUGAAUCGACAGCUUCUUCUGGAAGAAACGUGUGCAAGUGGGGAGAGAUGCAAGCGGACCAGCGCGAUUGAUAUGGCAGCCGACCUGUACGCGAAUGGAUCCGUGAAGUCAACGUCCGGCAGAAUUGCGGGCAGCAUGAGGCAACGUAAGACCGGCACGCUUGGCGCCGCGGCGCCUAUAUCUACGGAGGAGGAACGAUUGAAGUUCCAAGACAACAGGUUCUUGACGACUUUAGUACUCGGCAGGAAUAGGAAAAUUUCUCCGGACGUCCUGCCCUCUUGUUCCCCGGGGAUAUUUCGGCAGAAGUCAUUCCGCGCCCCGACUCCUCCAAAGAACGCGGACGCACCUGCGACAAACGACCAUAACCGCGCAGACGUCAAUCCGCGCGGUCCACGUGAGUCAAAAACUAACAACGGCACACGCUCAAAAAGCAGCGUGUUAUUUCUCGCACGGGGCGCUCGAGGGACCAGCAAGCACGCGCGCUUAGGCACGGCACUGGCGAACAAAAUGGCGUCCUCGAGCUCCACCACGGUCGUGCAGGGCUGGCCCAACACCAAGGAUGACUACGAGCUCAAAGAGGUUAUUGGUGUUGGUGCGACUGCUGUAGUACACGCAGCGUUUUGCAUUCCACGACAAGAGAAAUGUGCGAUCAAGAGAAUAAACCUGGAAAAAUGGAAUACAAGCAUGGACGAGCUUCUGAAAGAAAUUCAGGCAAUGUCCUCCUGCAAUCACGAGAACGUGGUUACGUAUUACACAUCAUUUGUGGUGAAAGAGGAACUCUGGCUCGUCCUCAGGCUGCUAGAGGGUGGAUCCCUGCUAGAUAUCAUCAAACACAAAACCAGAACCACAAAUUGCAAGCAUGGAGUAUUCGAUGAAGCUACAAUAGCAACAGUCUUGAGAGAAGUGCUCAAAGGACUGGAGUAUUUUCACAGUAAUGGACAAAUACACAGGGACAUAAAAGCCGGUAAUAUCCUACUAGGAGAAGAUGGCACAGUGCAGAUAGCUGACUUUGGUGUCAGUGCCUGGCUGGCAACAGGUCGAGAUCUAAGCAGACAAAAAGUCAGGCACACGUUUGUGGGCACACCUUGCUGGAUGGCGCCUGAGGUCAUGGAGCAGGUGAGAGAGGACCAUGGCUACGACUUCAAGGCGGAUAUUUGGUCGCUUGGCAUCACAGCCAUUGAAAUGGCCAGUGGCACAGCCCCCUAUCACAAGUACCCACCAAUGAAGGUGCUCAUGUUAACACUACAAAAUGAUCCACCUACUUUGGAUACUGCCGCAGAUGACAAAGAUCAAUACAAAGCUUAUGGCAAGACAUUCCGAAAAAUGAUCGUUGAUUGUUUGCAAAAAGACCCAACAAAAAGACCAACAGCAACAGAACUACUGAAGCAUCCAUUCUUCAAGAAAGCGAAGGAUAAAAAAUACUUACAACAAACUUUAGUGGCUUGUGGUCCUAGUCUUGAAACCCGAGUACAGAAGGCCUCGAAGAGACAACCUGGUACGUCGGGUCGUCUGCAUAGAACAGUCACAGGGGAAUGGGUAUGGUCCUCAGAGGAGGAGGAUAGUAGUGCAUCCAGUGGCGAUGAGGGCAAAGAGGCUUUGCCCGUGAAUACGAUAGAGAAUGCAUCUAGCACCGAGGAGGAGCCAGAAGACGAAUUCUACGGACAAGUAAAAUCGGCACGAAGUCACAUUGUCGUGCCAUCCACCGUGCAAAAUGUUCCUAUAAAUUUGGUGCUACGAUUACGAAACCAGAAACGAGAGCUUAACGAUAUCAGAUUCGAAUUCGCUGUUGGUGUGGAUUCAGCCGAAGGUAUUGCGGCGGAAUUAGUCGGUGCAGGCUUGGUAGAUGGCAAGGAUAUAGUUGUUAUAGCUGCAAACUUGCAAAAAUUAAUAGAUAGUGCCGGCCAGUUACGGACAGUCACAUUUUCACUGAAUUCUGGUCACGCAGCCAACGAAGUGCCAGACGACAAAGCGUUAAUAGGAUUUGCUCAGAUCUCCAUCACCGAUUAAAGGACACACAUACGCAC